UCUAUUUGCUAAACUGCCCACCUAUAUCAAAAUACUGUUUUUAUCAAGUGCUCUAUCAUUCAAAGGUUAGUUAACUCUUGUAUUCUUGUAGCACUUAAUAAAGUGAUAUGGCUUACUUUAGAAAAUUUAGGGUAGAAGUUGAUAUUUUCCUAAAAGCUAGCUAAGCGAUGUGUUUUUCCCCAUGCAGCUAAUGCUUUUGAAUAUUAAAUAGGUAAUAAAUAAUUAUAAAUAGUACACUCCGAAUCAGUACCUAUCCGCCUCGUUAGCCAGACGAUUUUUGUGAAACGUUUCAGGUUUGUGAAAAGUGCCAGGUAAGUUCGAGAGAGUAUUUGUAUUUGUCAAUUAUCCAAAAAUACUUAUAGUUUACGCAUAUAAAAUGCACUACCGGGAUAGAUGGUCUUUUUAGAACCAAAGAGGGAUUUGGAUAAUUUCAUGAAUCGCAUUUAUGUUCCAGUGACCUCCUACCCUGUGUUCAACUGCAUGACAUCUCGUUCAUCUUUCUUCCUGUGAACUACCUGUCGAUUAGUUUGGAGAACGCAUGCAGAAUGUUUAUGUUGCGCGGGAAAAUCGAUUUCAUUUAGUAGAAAAAUCGAAUAUCGAUUUAUUUUAUCUUAAUGUUAGCACAUCAUUCGAACACUGCAUGAGUUUACUUAGAGGGAGCCUAAGACGGGAACAUAGCGAGGUUGAAACAGCGGUCGGAUUCAUAGCCGCAGAGAGCAUGUUCUUUUGAAGGACACACUGGGCUUUUUGGCUGUCAUUUGUUUUGGUGUAAGUUUAAUUUUGUAUGGGAAAAGCAGAUUAUUAUUAAUGGCCAUGCAACAAGCAAUGGACUCUGAGAAAAGCUUGGAGUUGAAAUUGCAGGAAGAGAUCGCCAUAAUACGAAAAAAGCUUGUUAAUGGAAGGAAGCAAAAAGAUAUUUUGAAGAGGUAAGUUGUUUUAGGAGAUUUAUUGGCUCGAUUUGCUUUCUUUAACUUAUAGUUCUUGACUUCUAGGCUCUUGAUCUAAAAUCAGAUGUGAAUUAUCCUUAUAUAUAGAAAGAUCUCUCAGUACAAAAAAUAUGAAAUUUAAGAAACAUCGUCAUGCCUUCUUGAAUAUUGUUAUAAAUCCUUUUUUAGGCAAAUCUAGUGAAAUGUAUUUAUAAGGCAGCUGAAGUUGGUUUUUCUUUCUUGAUUAGCAUAUUAGUAAAUUGACGACGUCAGGAGUCACCAAAUAGCUAAUCCAGAAGAAAAAGUAUUUCCAUUAAGAAUUUUGAGUUUGUUUCAGGAGGCUAGAAGAUGCAAAAACAGAAGGACCAAACUACGCAAUCCAAAUGCAGGGUUUUCGGAAUGAAAAAGAGCGAAUGGAAAAAAGGUUGUUGUUUGAACGAGAAGUGAAUAUAGAUUUACUGAAGCAAGAGCCAGAGAAGAUACAAAUAUUGAAGCAGCAGAAAAAGGAAAUGGUCACUACUUUGAGGAUAAUGGAAGACAAACUUAUUGAAGUAAAUAAAAGUUGCGCUGAAUUAACACCAAAGCUAGCGAACAGUUCAACAAAUUUCGAGAAAAUGAGCAAGGAAAUCAAAGAGAUAGAAGAGAGGCUUGAAGUGCAGCAUGCCGAGAACGAGGCUUUAGAAGCUGUGUUGGCUAAGCUUAAUGUGAUUCUUGAAGAGAAGACAAAUGCAAUAAUGCUUAAAGAAGAUCAACUUCGGAAGAUCCAUCAAAAACUGGAUAAGCUCAUUAUGGAAAAGAAGAUUAAUGGAAACAUUGUUGAACAGCGAUCAGCCAUUUUUGAUUGCACUGUACGGCCGUUGAAGCGAGAAAAGAAAGGUUUCGAAAGCAUCAAAGAAAAGUUAAUCAUUUGGAAGAAGGAAACGAAGAAAGAGGAAAAAGGACUUGAAAGAUCGCGUUUAAGGCUAGAAAAAGUCGGAGAGUUAGGGCAGCAUGACACUGAGAUUAAUAAUCUCGUUGAACAGAUUUUACCUCUGAAAGGUGGUGAAAGGAUGUUUAAGAAAGAGGUUGAAAGGAAGGGUGAGAGAAAUUUGAAUGUUCCAGGUUUUUUUCAAUCUGCAGUCGCAGAUUGUGUAAGAAAUACUAUAAUUUUGAUGGAAAUAGAAACUAAAAAAUUGUCUUUGGUUGAAGCAGAAAUUAAAAAGGUUGUGGCAAUGGCAGAGGCGGCAAAAGCUAAAAGCGAAAGUAAGAGCAAAGGUGUUUUGAUUAAUGUCGAUGAAAUUUUACAAGAAAUGGAGUAUAUGACAAAGAUUCACGAAGAACUUUUGUGCAAAAAUCGUAAUCUGAAGGAAGACAACACAGCGCGGUGUCAAAAUCUCGUGAAUAUUAGCCAUAGGAUAAUUGAUGUGAUUGACUCAGUUGAUGAAUUUGGUGAAGUGGAGAAGAAGAUGAAGAAGAUUGAGAAAAAGCUUGGUAUGAAAAAGAAGAAUGGCUUUUCAGCAAAGGUGCUCGCUUGGUUUCGGGGAUGAAGCAAGAUUAUUGAAGCGAACAUUGCCAUUUGUUUGAUUUGUAUUUCAAAUCAUUUAACUAAUUCAACAAAAGCAACUAUUAUUUAAGAAUAAUAUUAUUUUUUUAAAUUCUCAAUAAAUUAUAUUUUUUCUUGUUCAAUCUGUGGAAUUUUCUCGUAUUUUGUGAAUUUUUUUGUUAUCUGCUCUUCAGGAUGAAUAACUCCCUCACAUUUGAAUCCAGUCCCUACCAAAGAAGCGCCAUGGAUAUAUGCCACUGCAAAAAUCUGUGAACACAAAUGAAUCAAACUUUGUGCAUCCUUGACCACUGAACAUGACCAGAGUCUAAAAUUGUUUUCACCUUUCUUUCGGCUAUUUAGCCGAAACUUGUAGAUCUUCCAAGAAAGAUGACGAAAAUAGUUUGAGUGUGUUACAGGGAAUCAUUGUGUACCCGUUAAGCUCCAGUGCCGCUCCUGUGGCGCACUUUUGCCGCUCACCACAGCGGCAAAUAUGUCUGAAAUUGUUCGGAUGAAAUAUGAUCGAAAUAUGACGGAUGCGCUUUGUCUGAAAUUGUUCCAUCUACCCAUUUUUAUCAUCCAUUUGAUAACUGAUCAAGUAUUUAUCU